UUAUUAUCCAAGUCCCACUGCUUUAGUUCACAUAGCAGGAAGAUUUGCUUGAAGAUAUCCUGAAACUCGAACCUGGGCUAGUUAGUUUGCCAGCCAGCGCUUCACAGCUGUCAACCUGAGUCGCAAGUGGCAGCUACUGAGAGUAGCUUCUGUGCAUUAUGAAGAAUUUCUCAUUUCCUAUGCAGGAUAACACACAUCAGACCGAGAGUCCUCCUCCUCACAGAUUCCUGAGUUUGACAAACCAGUCAGAUCCUAUUGGAAGACCAGAAAGAGAUGAGCAAUUAGCUCAAGUAGAGAUUGCUGUACUGGGGGUCAUAUUUCUGACAGCGUCUGUGGGCAAUUUCAUUCUCAUACUGGUGCUGUGGCGAAGAAGAAAGAAGCUGUCUAGGAUGUAUGUGUUCAUGCUUCACCUCAGCAUUGCUGACUUAGUGGUAGCCUUUUUCCAAGUGCUGCCUCAACUCAUAUGGGAUAUUACAGACGUUUUCAUAGGGCCAGAUUUCUUGUGCAGAAUUAUCAAAUAUCUACAAUUGCUGGGCAUGUUUGCCUCUACUUAUAUGAUAGUGGUCAUGACAGUGGACAGAUAUCAAGCUGUUUGCUACCCUAUGGUCACUUUCCAAAAGAAGAGAGCUCUCUGGAACGUCCCCAUUUGCACCAGCUGGUCUAUAGCACUGAUUCUUAGCCUACCACAGGUAUUUAUCUUUUCAAAGACUGAAAUAUCUCCAGGUGUCUUUGAAUGUUGGGGUGAAUUUAUUCAGCCUUGGGGCCCAAGGGCAUAUGUGACUUGGAUUUUUGUAGUUAUAUUCUUCAUUCCCUCAGCAAUCCUUAUCACAUGCCAGGUCAAGAUUUGCAAAAUAAUCAGAAGAAAUAUAAAUGUGAAGAAACAGAAUGAAUGCGAAGCAACAAAUCAGAAUCAAGUCCUGCCAUCCCGAGCAAGCAGUGUGAACUGUAUUUCAAAGGCUAUGAUCAAGACAGUAAAAAUGACAGUGGUGACAGUUGUUGCAUAUGUUCUCUGUUGGUCACCUUUCUUCAUUGCGCAGCUGUGGUCCGUGUGGUUCCCCAGCAUCCUGACCGAAGGUUCAGCAUUCACCAUUAUAAUGCUCCUUGGCAAUCUAAAUAGUUGCACCAACCCAUGGAUUUACAUGUAUUUCUGUGGCCAGAUUCCAUAUUGCACAAAGAAGCAGCUGGAGAAUACCUCAGCUCAAGACGAAUCCAUGUUCACCGGGAGCAUUCAUCUCGUAGACAGAGACCCGGAGGAAAACAGUACUUCUGCAUAAAUGCUGAGAGCUUUUUGCUGUUUUGUUACAUUACCUCUGUCCACAAGACUUAUUAAUAUUUUACCACCAUCCCUGAUUUUGUGGAUAAGAAAGCUGAAAAAAAAUGUUUAUUUUGUUGUAAAAAUAUAUUUCUCUGCAGUUGUGUAGCAUAUACAGGAAAUUUCUGUGUUGUGCAAGCCUGACUCAGUGCUUCAAUCACCAGUGUCUUAUCAGAAUGAAUCCCUGUAAAGACUAACAAAGGUACAUAAAAGUAUCUUAGAUAUUAUGUGUCCUAAAGUACUUCCCCAUCUGUGAUUCUGGAUUUUUAAGUAGUAAAACUUUACUAAUACCUGGUCCAACAAAUUGAAUCGUAAUUGAAAAGGAACCUGAUAUAAUUAAACUUGAAUAUGUUUUCAGAGUGAACCAUGAAUUGUUCAUCAUUCUGGUGUGAUUGGGGGACAGUGACAAAUCUUGAGAAACCAGCACAAAGUCAGAAAAAGCUUUUGCCAGCUCUUACUAGCACCUGGUUUAAAUUAACUCUUUAUGUACAUUUUUAAAAUGCCAAGUAGCUUAAUGUAAUUUAAAAAAAUAAAAGAAUUUGGUAUGCUUUUGA